UGUAUGAGUGCUUUUGAGGACAAAUUGUGUUCUCUUGGGGCUUUUAAAUUCAAGUAAUUUUCUUUUUUCGUUUGUGUAAUUUCUGAGAAUUUUAAAUAGUUUGUUUCUUUUUAGGGUUUGAUCCUGGAAUUUCAAGAUGCCGGCCACCGCAGGAAGGGUUCGCAUGCCCCCAAACAAUCGGGUACACAGUAGUGUUGCCCUUCAAACUCAUGGUAUAUGGCAGAGUACAAUUGGGUACGAUCCCUAUGCACCUCAGCCGAAUUUGUCAAACUCAAAACCAGAUGCUGAGAAUGCAUAUGCUAGCUAUCAAGGCCUUCUCCAACUCGCUCGUAUAACUGGGCCGAAUUCUGACGAGGUUCGUGGGGCGUGCAAGAGGUGCGGCCGGGUUGGGCACCUCACCUAUCAAUGUAGGAAUUUUCUGAGUGUUAAGGACAAGGAGGAGCUUGAAGCUAUCCAGGCUGAUGUUGCUUCUGAGUUGGGCAAGUUGAAGGGGAAGCUGGGUAAAGCGAAGGGAAAAGACGUUGUUAAGACUGAUAGUGAGGAGGAGGAUGAAGACAUUGAGAGUUCAGAUUCGGACUAUGAUUCUGAUAUGGAGAGGCUCAUUGCUCAAAGAUAUGGGAAAAAGAGUUUUCGAAAGGAGAAGCUGAAAAAGAAGAACAAGGACUCGGAUGUUGAUGGUUCAGAUACAGAUUCUGGGGAGAGGAAGAAGAGAGGAAGGUCGAAGAAGAGGAGAAGCAGAAAGAGGAAACAUGAUGAUUCAGAUGAUUCUGAAAGGGAUAGGAAGAAAAGAAGAAAGGAGAAACGGAGAAAGAGAGAUGAGUCCUCGGAUGAGGAUGAUCAAUAAACGACGUCGACGACA